GUGGCCAUUAGCAAGGGGCAAAAUACUUGGAAAUCGUUUGAGAGCUUUUUAAUUGAACAUUAAGUCRUUCAUUAUAAAUUUAAAGGCACUUUGUAUGCUGGUGUUGCUUCAAAGAAAGGUAAAACCCGUCCCUAAAGGGCCUUCCCUAUAGAUAUGUAGGCCUACUACACGGUCCUUCCCCCUCCCUGCCUGCCCAGGGGGGUGGACCCUAACCGCGGGAGGGGGGUCUACGUCUGGUCGAGCAGCUGUCAUUGCUCCGCUCCUCCGCUGCCUGCUUCACCAUCCAGACGAAGAAAGACCUUUAUUGUUUAUCUAAAACUGAGGAUGUCUCGAGAGCAGCAGGCAGUGGCCCGAGCCAGGAAAGCCUUUGAAACAGGCAGGUCCAAACCUCUCGAGUACCGGAUCCACCAGCUACAGAACYUGCAGCGCCUAUUCUCAGAGAGGCAGAAAGAGAUUUCAGAUGCUAUCAACAAAGAUCUGAAAAGGAGCGAAGUGGGAAUGCAGAUGUUUGAGACUCUGGGUCUGGAAGGAGAGAUUGCCCUGACCAUCAAGAAGCUGAAAGAAUGGGCGGCCCCCCGGCCCGUGGAAAAGAACCUGAUGACCCUCUCGGACACCGUCUACGUCUGGCCGGAGCCGCUGGGGGUGGUGCUGAUCAUCGGGGCGUGGAAUUACCCCUGGGCCGUCACCGUCCAGCCGCUCAUCGGAGCCAUCGCAGCCGGUAACGCAGCCGUGGUGAAGCCUUCAGAAGUCUGUGUUCACACCGCAAAGGUGAUGGAGGAGCUGCUGCCGGUUUAUAUCGACAAAGAACUUUAUCCUGUCGUGUGCGGAGGAGUCCCAGAGACUCAGGAGCUGCUGCGUCAGAGAUUUGAUCACAUUUUCUACACGGGCAACAGCACGGUGGGCAAACUGAUCAUGGAGGCCGCUGCCAAACACCUGACCCCCGUCACCCUGGAGCUGGGCGGCAAGAGCCCCUGCUACAUCGACAAGAACUGCGACUUAAGCAUAGCCUGCAGACGUGUCGCCUGGGGAAAAUUCACAAACUGUGGUCAGACCUGCAUCGCCCCAGACUACGUCCUCUGUGAGCCYAGCAUUCAAGACCGGGUCAUCGAGGAGGUCAAGAAGUCCAUUAAGGACUUUUACACAGACAACCCAAAGACGUGUCCCGACUAUGGACGCAUCAUCAACCAGCGCCAUUUUAAACGGAUCAUGGGCUUGUUGGAGGACAGCGCAGUCACUGUUGGAGGAGAAAACGAUGAGUCAAACUGCUACAUUGCUCCCACAGUUCUGCGGGACGUGAAGCCAGAGGCAAAGGUGAUGCAGGAGGAGAUUUUUGGACCUCUGCUUCCCAUCGUGCCCAUCAGUGGUCUGGACGAAGCCAUCAAGUUUAUAAACAAAGGAGAGAAACCUCUGGCUCUGUACGUUUUCUCAUCAGAUGAUAAGGUGAUCAACAGAUUAAGAGACCAGACUUCCAGUGGAGGAUUCUUGGCCAACGACUGUCUCGUUCACUUUUCUGUCAGCUCGCUGCCUUUUGGAGGCGUUGGGAACAGCGGUAUGGGCUGCUAUCACGGCAGGUUCAGCUUCGACCAGCUCAGCCACCUGCGCGGCUGUCUCAUUAAGCAGCUGAAAAUGGAGGGGGUGAACAAAAUGAGGUACCCGCCUCACACCCCUAAAAAACUGGGCUGGGCGCGAUUCUUCAUCCUGAAGACCUUCAACCUGGGCUGGGUGGGUCGCAUGCUGCUGCUGGCUGUGCUGGCUGUGGUGGGCGCUGUGGUGCUGCAG